ACCACACAACAACAGAUGUCCCGAGCCCGACUCCGAUCAAACCGGCCAGCCCUCGCACCAACCUGCGGCUACCACCGCUGCCAUGCCACGAUGUAUAACUUCUUACCAACGUAGGAGGAGUGAAAUGAACGUUCAUACACCUGUCGUCAUGCCGGUCGGACUUCUCGCUACCCUGCUGGUCAGUGUGCUGGUCAGUGUUCCGCCCGGUGUACUGACCACCCCGCUGGACGACUACGUCAACAAGCCGGACCCUCACUACUCCUACCGCGAGGUGUUGGAAUGGCGUCUGAAGGGUCCCGGUUACACCAUGUACCUCCUCAACAUGACCUCACAACAAUGGCUCACAGAAGAGGAAGUAAGCCGUCCGAUCUGGUGGCACUUCCUGACCGUCACUAUCCCAGACAACAUCACCCAUCCUGACGCCGCAUUUAUGUUCAUAGAGGGAGGAAGAAAUGACCGUAAGCACGGAAGGCUUCCCGAUCAUAACGACAAGUAUAUCGGACUGACCCGUAUGUUUUCGCUGUCAACAGGAAGUGUCAGCGCGGACUUGCAACAAAUACCCAACCAGCACAUCGUCUUUAAGAACGAUUCACUACAAAAGCGUCGAGCUGAAGACGCCAUCAUCGCGUACACGUGGAAACACUUCCUGGACAACCCGGACCAGCCCGACUGGCUGCUCAGGAACCCUAUGACAAAGGCAUCUGUGCGGGCGAUGGACACAGUGCAAGACUUUGUCAACAGAAUGACGGGGAAUCAGCCGGAGAAGUUCAUGGUGGCAGGAGCGUCAAAGCGCGGUUGGACCACGUGGACCACUGCUGCGGUAGACAAGAGGGUGUUCGCUAUAGCUCCUCUGGUUAUGGAUCUUCUGAACAUGCAAAAGAAUCUGCACCACUUUUACCGAGCACUGGGAGGUUGGACGUUUGCUUUUGACGACUACUAUGACGCCAAUAUUACGACUCGGCUUGACGACCCGAAUAUAGAGAAAAUGGCAGCUAUCAUUGACCCACUCGCAUACAAGGAACGUCUGACGAUGCCUAAGUACAUUAUCGGCACGGGAGGUGACGAGUUCUUCAUGCCUGAUGAUUCCUACUACUACUGGGACCAGUUGGAAGGAGAGAAAUACAGACGAUGGAUACCAAACGCUGAGCAUGAAAUGGCUGGUCAUGAAAUCAGCCUGUUCUUUGGAUUGCGGGCGUUUUUCCUCAGCCUUGUGGAGGACGCGCCGCGACCAAAUAUGACGUGGACGAGGGAAACGGAUACAAAAAGCGGGACGAUAACACUUCAGACCAACAUGAAACCUUUGACAAUCCGGUCUUUCCACGCUCGCACACUUGAUGGUAAAAGACGUGACUUCCGUCUGGUGAAUCAGCCGCCCGGAGAGACGAAACCACAGCCGCACCCCGUCAUCUGGCUGCCUCAGGACGUGCAGGAUAUGGGAAAUGGAACAUACGUGGCAGAGUUUGAUAUCCCCGCUGUCGGGUGGCUGGCGUUCUUUAUACAGGCCACGUUCCCGGCUCCCCAUGGAACUGCUCUUGAGUUCACCACCGAGGUGCACAUCAUUCCGGAGACAUUCCCCUUCCCAGACUGCCACGGGGCAGACUGCAGGGGGACUCUACUCUAGACUCAUUACCAUGAUCUUUACAAUCGUAUUUUAUCUAAUGUUGCUGACUUAAGACAGCCUGCACCGGCAUAGGAGUACUCGCAAAGUGCCAUAAUAAUCUUCUUCAACAUUGAGGGCACUGAAAAGAGGAAGAAGAAGCAUUUUACUGGUAGUCUUAGUAGUCCAUAGAACUUUUAGAACAUGUGCAUGCUACAUGUAAUGUCCGAGCAGAAGUUGGACUGAAAGUCACAAUAAAUACCUCUUUCAUAUC